UUGCAAAAAUGUUUAUUGUUUAGUGAACGUGAAGCUGGGUCACGGAUAUAAUUUCUGCUGGGAUUUUCUGUCUGAACAACUUGUUUCGGACCGGAACCAGCAGUAAAGCAGACGGUAAAGAUGGUGUCCGUCCUGUUCAGAUGUUAUCCUCGGCUGCCUUCAUCCUUCACUCUGGCUCGGUUCGUUUUAAACCAGAAUCUGGUUAGGAGUCAGCGGUGCUGUCUGGUCCGGGCGGGUAACCUCCCGGCCAGACGGACCUACAGCUCGGAGCGUGAUCAGCACCACCCGAAGCCGAAGGUGGUGGUGGUCGGCAUCCCGAACCCGUUCAUCUGGUUCCGGACCCGAAUCUACUACUUUCUGAUCAGAACCUACUUUGACAAAGAGUUCAGCAUCGAUGAGUUCACAGAGGGCGCGAAGCAGGUUCGGUACAAACCCGGAGACCAGAUCUGGGUUCUGGCUUUCUCCCAUGUCUCCAGACUUUUGUCUCGGUGUCAGUUUGAGGCUCUGGAGGGCCUCGUCGCUAAAGAUCUGAUCGGGAAGCUGGAGCAGAAGUGCGGCUCUUUGCCGUGCAGCUACCAGAGGGCUCUGUGUGCCGAGCUGGAGGACGUGAUGUACACGACGCCGGGAGACGUGGGAAUCUUCUACGACGACGACGGCAGGAAGUUCGUCAGCAUCCUGAUGCGGUUCUGGUAUCUGACCAGCGUCGGUCUCCCUGACGACAGCAUGGAGGGAACCCGGAUGUUCACUGUGUCCAUCGGCGACGGAGAGACGGAGGCCAAACGGCUGCUCACCGCCAUCUACGAGUCGGUUCCAGAGGGAGUUCACCAAAGGCGUCGCUCCGGACUGGACCAUCACCCGGAUAGAACACUCCAAGCUGCUGGACUAGCCCGGGUCGGGCCGGUACCGAGGACCGAUCUGUUCGCUGCUCCUCACCAGGAGCCCAGAGGGACAGAACCAGAACCACCUUGACUGGAUCUGGGUCCGGUUCCGAGCGGAUGACAUCAUCACCUGCUGACUGGAUUUAACGUGAAACUGAAGGCUGAACAUGGAGUUCUGACCCAGACCUGCUGCUGACUGGUUCUGAUUCUACGACCCGGUUCUGGUAGAAUCAGGACCUCCAUGUUGUUUCUACAUUAAAAUAAUAUUCCACCA